AAAUGACUUAUAUAAUCUCUCACCUCUAAUCUCCCUUAUAAAAGAAGUCUCUCCCACCCUUAUUUUGCAUUGCAACUUUAUAACUCGAAACAUUUUCACACACUAAAAGGUAAAGUGAUUGCAUGGUAAGUGAUGGAGGGUAUGAAAAAGAUUAUGACCAAAGCCAAAUGCUCUUUCAUCUUCAUAGCCAUUUCUGUUCUCUUAUCUUCCGCAUUGUCUUUAGCAAAUGCCAAAACUCACAACCACGAAUUUGUAGUUGAAGCAACUCCAGUGAAGAGGCUGUGCAAAACUCACAAUACCAUCACUGUGAAUGGGCAAUACCCCGGUCCCACUUUGGAAAUCAACAAUGGAGACUCUUUGGUUAUUAAAGUCACUAAUAAAGCUCGUUACAAUGUCACCAUUCAUUGGCAUGGUAUUCGACAAAUGAGAACAGGAUGGGCAGAUGGUCCAGAAUUUAUAACUCAAUGCCCCAUUCGUCCAGGAGGAAGUUACACUUAUCGAUUCACUGUUGAAGGACAAGAAGGGACACUUUGGUGGCAUGCUCAUAGCUCAUGGCUAAGAGCCACCGUUUAUGGAGCUUUAAUCAUUCGUCCUAGGGAAGGAGAGACUUACCCUUUUCCUAAGCCAAACCGUGAGACACCCAUUCUUUUAGGGGAAUGGUGGGACAGAAACCCCAUAGAUGUUGUGAGGCAGGCCCAAAGAACAGGGGCAGCUCCAAAUGUGUCCGAUGCAUACACUAUCAAUGGUCAACCCGGUGACCUAUAUAAGUGCUCUACCAAAGGUACAACAAUUGUUCCGAUACGUUACGGCGAAACAAACCUCAUUCGAGUAAUCAACGCAGCACUGAACCAACCACUUUUCUUCAAAAUCGCUAACCACAAACUAACUGUAGUUGGUGCUGAUGCCUCUUACCUUAAACCAUUCACAACCAAUGUCCUUAUGUUAGGACCAGGCCAAACCACUGAUGUCUUAAUAACCGCAAACCAACCGAUUUCUCGUUACUACAUAGCAGCAUCUGCUUAUCAAUCAGCUCAAAACGCAGCGUUUGAUAACACCACAACCACUGCUAUUCUCCAAUAUCACAAUUCAAUCAAAACUAAACCAAUCAUGCCUUCACUCCCUUCUUUCAAUGACACCAACACAGUUACUAAAUUCAGCAAAAGCUUUAAAAGCCUCAAAAAAGUUGAAGUCCCCAAUGAAAUUGACGAAAAUCUAUUUUUUACAAUUGGUUUAGGACUCAACAAGUGCCCAAAAAAUUUCAGAAAAAGAAGAUGUCAGGGUCUUAAUGGUUCACGCUUCACUGCAAGCAUGAACAAUGUCUCUUUUACUCUUCCAAAUAAUUUAUCCAUUUUGCAGGCUCAUUACUUUGGAAUCCCAGGUGUUUUCACCACUGAUUUUCCUGCUAAGCCUCCGGUGAAAUUCGAUUACACCGGAAACGUGAGUCGUUCUUUGUGGCAACCUGUUCCGGGGACUAAAGCUUAUAAGUUGAAGUUUGGAUCAAGAGUGCAGAUUGUGUUGCAGGAUACAAGUAUUGUCACUGCAGAGAAUCAUCCAAUUCACCUUCAUGGCUAUGAUUUCUACAUUGUUGCUCAAGGAUUUGGAAAUUUUGAUUCUAAGAAAGAUACUGCAAAAUUCAACCUUGUUGAUCCACCUAUGAGGAAUACAGUUGCUGUACCUGUUAAUGGUUGGUCAGUUAUUCGGUUUGUUGCUGAUAACCCAGGUGCUUGGAUUAUGCAUUGUCACUUGGAUGUUCACAUCAAUUGGGGUUUGGCCACUGUGCUAUUGGUAGAGGAUGGAGUUGGGAAAUAUCAAUCCAUAGAGCCCCCUCCAUUAGACUUGCCACGAUGUUAGGAUAAUCAGAAUCUCAAAAAUUCAUCUAGGCCAACAAUAAGGGUCUUAAUUUUUAUUUAGUUUGGAAGUUAUUUUACUUACCCUGCAUUUGGGUAGCUUUUCUGUUUUAUGUAUCUUCCUCAAUUUUCAGCUUCCUUUUUAUAUCGAGAUAAAUUGAGUUUAGAAAUAAGGAUAUAUUGUCAGAUGGUUCCAACUUGAGAUACCCUCUUAAUAGUCACAAGUCUUACUAGGUAAAUUGAUGUUAUAAAUUUUUGUCAAUAGUUUAUGUUACCAAUGUAUUGGAGACAUUGCAAGUUUUGUAGUAUAUGUUGUAUGUACUCUUAUUAUUCGAUUCGGAUCAAAAUGUUCUAUCUGAAA